AUGGCGACGACGCUGGCGAAGGUUGGGCCUUUCGGUGCGGGUGGCACCCCUGUCGACAUUGACCACACCUUGCCGCCAGAUCACCUCAAGAGUAUCAAAAUCUGGUACGACGAAGAUGGAAUCAACGGCUUAAAGUUCAGCUACCUCCACGCCGCCAACAAAAGAAAGCUCACCACCACUCGCGUUUGGGGCGACGAUAGCGGUAGUAGCGAUGAGAUUAAUAUUGAAGAUGAUGAUGAUUACGUGAAUAAGCUGGAGGGCAGGACUGACGGCCGUACAAAAAUCAAGUCUCUCAGAAUCACGACGAAAAACAAUAAUAAUCCCGAUUGGCUCGGGGACAAAACCAAGGAGGGCGAUUAUUUCAGCGUGCCGGUGGAGGAUGGCCAGAUCGUGGCGUUCUUCGGCCGCACCGACCAGUACAUCAACGCUCUGGGCGUCUACAUCCUUGGUACCCCUUACCAGCAAUCCACCCCCUAG